AGAAAACGACAAAAAGGUAAAGAGAAAAACCAAAUUCAAAAUUCCCGCCAGAAUAAUGCGAAUUGCAGAGAUAUCCUCACCGGAGCUCCGAACACUCCACGGCGACAGCGACGAUCAUCACAUCCUCUCCCAAAUCGAAUCAAUCAUCAAGCAAAUUGAAUCUCACUCCGUCAACAAACAACCACCGGAAACAACCGUCGUCAAUCUCCGGCAAUGUCUAACGCAACUGAGUCAACUCGCUCCAUUUUCCAACUCACUGAAGCUUCAGAUUUGGAAACUCAGCUACCGUCUCUGGAACGUCUGUGUCGAUAUCUCAAACACCGCUUCCAUCCGCUUUUCAUCGUCCUCCACCACCGUCGCCGGCGAAAAUCAGGCAGAACUCCGUCACUUGACCGCCGACCUACUCUCAAUCGCCAGUGAUGUUACUGGAAUUCCUUCACCGGCGAUUAAAUCAGCGUCGUUCUACUACAAGACUGGUAUGUUAUGGCAUAACCUCCGGAAAUUCGAUCUCGCCGCGAAAUGCUACGAACGAGCCACUGAUCUGGUUUCAAAACUCGAUAUAGCUUCGAUAACAGACGCCGGAGAGAGAAAACUGCUUUUAGAUCUGAAUUUGGCUCGGUCCCGAACAGCUUGGGAGGUUCGGGAUCAGAACCUUGCUAUUGCGUUACUGAACCGAAGCAAAAGCAUGGUUUCUGGUUCGAGUGAGAAUUACAUGGAACUAGCGAAGCAGUUUAUGUCGUUCGGGAAAUGUUCCCUCGCCGCGAACAGUGAUUUGAGCGAGGCGUUGAAGUUGAUGAACGAGGCGUUGGAGAAUUGUGAGAAGGGAUUCGGUGCAGCGAGGACACGGGAAGAGAAGGUGGAGAUUCGAGGUUUGAGGUGGAAGGUUUUGAGGUUUAUAGCGGCGAUUCAUUUGCAGAAAGAGGAAUUUGAGAGUGUGGUUAAGUGUGUGAAGGUUUUGAGAGAUUCUGCUGAAGGUGGUGAUGAUCAUCCAAGUCUUUCUGUUUUGGCGAUGAAGGCAUGGUUAGGGUUAGGGAGGCACGUCGAAGCGGAGAAGGAAUUGAGGGGAAUGGUGAUUGAUAGAGGGAUUCCAGAAGGUGUUUGGGUGUCUGCUGUGGAGGCUUAUUUUACGGCAGCAGGGACCGCUGGGGCGGAGACGGCGAAAGGGGUGUUUUUAGGGCUGUUAGGUAGGUGUCAUGUUAGUGCUGGUGCCGCGGUGAGGGUGGCGAGUAGGGUGCUCGGAGGCAGUGGAGAAGGGAGUAAAGUGAGGGCUAAAGUGGUUGCUGAGCUUGUGUCUGAUGAAAGGGUAGUGGCGCUUUUUGCAGAAAAGGAUGCUGCUAAGGAUAGAACUGCAAUGCAUGCUGUUCUGUGGAAUUGUGGUGCUGACAAUUUUCAGUCAAAAGAUUAUGGGACCAGUGCAGAACUCUUUGAAAAAUCAAUGCUAUAUAUUCCACAUGACACAGAGAACAGAAUACUUCGAGCCAAGGGCUUUAGAGUUUUGUGUCUCUGCCACCUUGGUCUCUUACAACUGGAUCGUGCCAAAGAAUACAUUGACGAGGCUGAGAAGCUUGAGCCCAACGUUGUCUGUGCUUUUCUUAAGUACAAAAUUUAUCUCCAAAAGAAUGACAGCCAAGGUGCUAUUACUCAAAUUGAAGCGAUGACUGCAUGCCUUGACUUUCAACCAGAUUUUCUCUCACUUUCAGCCCAUGAAGCUGUUGCUUGCAGUGCUCGAUCUGUUGCUGUUGCCUCUCUAUCAACUAUGCUAAACUUCUACACUUCAGGAAAGUCCAUGCCAACAGCAGAAGUUACAGUCAUGCGCACCUUGGUCACUAUUCUAUCUCAAGAACCGGGUAAUGAACAGAAAGUUCUUAAGACCUUAAAACAUGCCCAUACACGAGCAUCCGAGCUUGGUCCUGAUUGCUUCUUUGGAAAAGAGGAGGUUGGAAGACGUGAGCGAAAUUGGUUUGCUGUGACUUCAUGGAACUAUGGUACAAAAACAGGACAGGAUAAGAGCUAUGAAUUGUCUGCCGAGUUCUUAAGACUUGCAUCAAGUUUUUAUGAUCUAGUUAAAGGGUCUGAUGAUGAGAACAAUGUCAUGGUUUGUAAGUCAUUAGUGCUUUCUGUGUCAUCAAUGAUAGCUUCAGAAUUUCAGAGGAAGACUGCUAUGUCAGAAACCGAAGUCAAACAAGCUGUAACUUUACUAGAUAGGGCAGGGAAGAUGCUAAAAUCAAUUUCAGCUGGGAGCUUUGCUAAUGAUGGCGAAAUCAACACCGUUGCAACUGAUCUUUUCUUCAUAUACACCUUAUGUGCUUAUGACGUACAAGGAAGGCUAAAUGACUUAGGAUCACAACUCUUCACAGUGAAAAGUUUUGCUAGUUCAAAGGCUUGCAAGCCUCAGUACCUUCUUCAGAUAGGCUUACAAGCCUCACAGGGACCGCGGUCUAAUCAUGAAGUAGCCACCUUUGCUCUAAAUGAGUGUCUCUCAUCUUUCCUUUCAUCACCAGUUCCAGAUUAUCAAAAUGUUGCUCUUGUUGUUCGGAAGCUUAUAGCCAUCGCUAGCAUCCACAAGGGUGAUAAAGAUGAUGAUCUUGUAUAUAGUAUGUACAAGCAAGCCUAUAGGAUAAUGGUUGGGUUGAAGGAAGGUGAAUAUCCAAUUGAAGAAGGAAAGUGGCUUGCCAUGACUGCAUGGAACCGAGCUGCGGUGCCAGUGCGGUUGGGUCAGAUUGAAAUGGGAAAGAAAUGGAUGAAUAUCGGCUUCGACAUUGCAAAACAUGUUUCAGGCAUGGAAGUUUACAAAGCAUGCAUGGAAGAUGUUCUUAGCAAUUUGGAGAAAAAACUUUGAUUUGCAUGAAUAUCAAAUUCGGGUUUCUAGCAGUUAUAGAAAUAGAACCCAUGCAUUUUGUACAGGACAGAAGUUUAGUUCAUGUAAAUGUAGGAAAAAUCUGGAUUUUACUUUGGAAAUGUUCUGUAGGGUUUAUGAGAGUGUUCUUUUUGUUGGUCUUACAAAAGGAACAUUCUAUUGUCAGAUAGCCAUUGUAAUUCUCCGCACACAUUUCCUCUAUACCCAAAAAAAAG